AUGCAGCAACAUAGAAUUCACACUGGAGAGAAACUUUAUGAAUGCUUUGAAUUUGCAAAAGCCUUCAGUCAGAAGAUAGCCCUCACAGCACACCCGAGAACUCAUUCAGGAGAGAAAUCCUAUGAAUGCAGUGGAUGUGGGAAAGCCUUUAUCCAGAAGGCAACUUUUAUUAAACAUGAGCAAACUCACAUGGGAAAGAGACCAUUUGUAUAUGGUGAAUGUGCAGAAGCCUUUAAGAGUUCUUAUCAUCUUAUUAGACACGAAAAAACACAUAUUAGACAAGCAUUUUAUAAAAGAAUCAAGCAUGCUAAGUCCAGCAUUAUACAUCAAAUGUCUCACACAGAUGAGAAACCUAAGUGCAGUAAGUAUAGGAAAACCUUUGAUGAGAAACCCAUCACCAUUAAACAUCAGAAAACUAACAGAAAAGAGAACCGUGAGUGCAGUAGAUGUGGAAACUUCAAGAGAAAGUCACACCUCUCUGUUCAUCAGAAAAUUCACACAAAAGAAAAACCCUAUCAAUGCAGCACAUGUGGGAAGACUGUUAGUGUAAAAUCACAUCUGUUUGGCCAUCAUUGAAAUCAUACAGGAGGGAAACCCUACAAAUGAAGAAGAUGUGGGAAAGCUUUCAGUGAGAGGCAACCUAUUGUCCAUCAGAGAAUUCAUACAGGAGAGAAACCCUAUAAAUGCAAUGAAUGUGGGAAAUUCUGUGAGAAGUCACCACUGAUUAAACAACGGAGAAUUCAUAUGGGAGAGAGACCCUAUGAAUGCAGUGACUGUGGGAAAGACAUCAGUAGGAAGUUGACUGUCAUUAAAUGUCAGGGGAUUUAUACAGGAGGAAAACCCUACAAAUGUAGGGAAUGUGGGAAAGCCUUCCAUGUGAAAUCAGUUCUCCUUACAUAUCACAGAACUCACAUGGGAGAAAAACCUUUUGAAUGCAGAGACUGUGGGAAAGCCUUCAGUGGGAAGUCAACCCUGAAUAAACAUCAGGUAAGUCAUACAGGAGAGAGAAUGUACAAAUGUUCUUGA